CCGAGUCCCUAUCACAUUCAACAAACUAGCUAAAGCUGCAGAGUUCUGAUACUAUUUGCAUAACAAGAGCAGAAAUGGCCUUUGCUAUGGUGGGAGAGGCUCUUAUCUCUGCUUCAGUGGAGAUCUUGCUGGAUAGAAUUACUUCUUCAGAGUUUCGAGAUUACUUUGCCAACAGAAAGCUCAAUGUUUCUCUCUUGGAUGAGCUGAAGAUAAAGUUGUUGUCACUCAAUGCUGUGCUGAAUGAUGCUGAGGAAAAACAGAUCACUGAUCUUGCAGUGAGGGCAUGGCUUGAUGAGCUCAAAGAUGCUGUCUUAGAUGCUGAGGACUUGUUGGAUGAAAUCAACACAGAUUCUCUGAGGAGCAAGGUGGAACUAAAGCUGCAGAGUUCUGAUACUAUUUGCAUAACAAGAGCAGAAAUGGCCUUUGCUAUGGUGGGAGAGGCUCUUAUCUCUGCUUCAGUGGAGAUCUUGCUGGAUAGAAUUACUUCUUCAGAGUUUCGAGAUUACUUUGCCAACAGAAAGCUCAAUGUUUCUCUCUUGGAUGAGCUGAAGAUAAAGUUGUUGUCACUCAAUGCUGUGCUGAAUGAUGCUGAGGAAAAACAGAUCACUGAUCUUGCAGUGAGGGCAUGGCUUGAUGAGCUCAAAGAUGCUGUUUUUAAUGGAAAAUUUUCCAAUUCUCCCUUUAAUCAAUUUUAUCGGAGCAUCAAUUCCAAGCUUGAAGCAAUAUCUACAAGGCUAGAACAUUUUGUGAAACAUAAAGAUAUUCUUGGUUUGCAAAGUGUUUCUAGAAGAGUAUCUUCCAGAACAGUUAAAGAUUCAUUGGUUGAAUCUGUUGUUGUUGCAAGGGAAGAUGACAAAGAGAAGCUCCAGAGAAUGCUUUUAUCUGAUGAAGAUGGGAAGAAGAAUCAUAUGGAAGUGCUGACAAUAUUGGGCAUGGGUGGUCUGGGAAAAACAACACUAGCUCAAUGUCUUUAUAAUGAUAAUGCAGUGCAGAAACAUUUUGAUUUGACAAUUUGGGCAUGGGUAUCUGAUGAUUUUGAUGUGUUUAGAGUUACAAAGACAAUUGUUGAAUCUGUCACUUCUAAAAAGAGUGAUAGUACUAAUUUAGAUGCACUUCGGGUUGAAUUGAAAAACAACUUAAGAGAUAAAAAAUUCUUGCUUGUGCUGGAUGACCUUUGGAAUGAAAAAUACAAUGACUGGAAUCAUUUAAUAGCACCUUUUACAAGUGGAAAGAAGGGAAGUAAGAUCAUUGUGACAACCCGACAACAUAGAGUUGCACAAAUAACACAUACAUUUCCCAUAUGUGAGCUGAACCGUCUAACAGAUGAAAAUUGUUGGUGUAUACUUGCAAAACAUGCAUUUGGAAAUGAAGGAUUCAUCAAAUAUCCGAUGCUAGAAGAAAUUGGUAGAAAAAUCGCAAGAAAAUGCGAUGGCCUACCACUAGCAGCUAAAACAUUGGGAGGUCUUUUGAGAUCAAUUGUUGAUGUAGAGGAAUGGAAUAGAAUUUUGAAAAGCAACUUAUGGGCACAUAAUGAUGUUACACCUGCUUUACGCAUAAGUUAUCUUCAUCUUCCGGCACAUUUGAAAAGAUGUUUUGCUUAUUGCUCAAUUUUUCCCAAACAACAUUUGUUGGAUAGGAAGGAAUUGAUUUUGUUAUGGAUGGCUGAAGGCUUUCUUCAACAAAUCCAUGGAGAGAAAUCAUUAGAAUCAGCAGGGGAUGAAUGCUUUAAUGAAUUAUUAUCUAGAUCUUUAAUUGAAAAAGACAAAGCUAUAACAGAGGAAAAGUUUCGAAUGCAUGACCUCACAUAUGAUUUAGCUAGACUAGUAUCGGGAAAAAGUUCUUACAACUUUGAUGGUGAUGAAAUCCCAAGAACUACUCGUCAUUUAGCAUUUCUUAAAGAAUAUUUGGAUGUCUCUAAAAGAUUUGAGGGCUUGUAUGAGCUAAAGUUUGUGCGCACCUUUCUACCACAGUCCCCUUAUCCAUUUGGUGAUUACUUAACCAAAAGGGUAUCACAUGGUUGGCUUCCUAAACUAAGAUGUUUGCGAACACUGUCAUUGUCAGAAUACAGAAAUAUCACUGAGUUGCCUGAUUCGAUUGGAAAUUUGGUGCUUUUACGGUAUCUUGACCUUUCCUCUACUACAAUU